AAAGAAUGUCAUUCUGCUCACAGGUCAGCUGCUGAGAGGACAAGAUGAACACUUUGAAGUGGCUUUGGGUUUUCAUGUGCCUGUGCUGCAAAGUGAUUCAAUCUCGAUCCUCAUGGAAAGUUCAGAUGCCGUCAACAGUUCAAGGUCUGCUCGGCUCGUGCGUGGUCAUCCCCUGCACGUUCGACUACCCAGAUCCUGGGAGGAAGGUCACCAAGUUCACGGGGAUCUGGUUUGAUAACAUCAGUCACGUCGUCUACCACCCGGUGGAGUCCAAGGUGGUGGAACAGUAUCGGAACCGGACCACGCUCGUGGGGGAUAUGAGACAAAGGGACUGCUCCGUGAUGAUGGAUCGCCUCCGACCAAACGACCGGGGACCUUUUCACUUCAGGGUCGAGAUAGGAGGUUUCAACCAGUAUUCCUUCAAAGCUGACAAAGUGUCCAUUUCAAUGAUCAGUGCUCCAAAUCCAAUCCGGUUCUCUGUGGCGGAGGAGGUGAAGCAGGGUCAGGCCGUGAAUGCGUCCUGCUCCGUGAACCACUCCUGCCCCGCCUCGCCUCCUGACUUCACCUGGAGUCGCGGUGGAGAGACGAGGCUCCAGUCGCGGCAGCUCGGCGACGGCCAGUGGGAGGCCACGUCCACUCUGACCUUUCACCCCAGCCGCACGGAUCACAGGAAGCCUCUGCAGUGCAGCGUCAGAUAUAAAGGAGGACAGUAUCAGCAAACGUUCAGGACCCUUACAGUGGAAUACGCUCCUGUGAACGUGAAGGUUGAGUACCGGCCGGAGGUGAAGGAGGGGGAAACGGUGCAUCUGAGCUGCUCCGGCGACGCCCAUCCCUCUGUCAGCAGCUACGAGUGGCACAAUGGAACCGGAGCCCAGAUCCACAGAGGGAGGACCUACACGCUGCCGCACGUGUCUCGACACACUGGGGGAUCCCUGUACUGUCUGGCCAUCAAUGAAAUCGGGCGAACCAGAUCGAGCAACGUGCAGCUCGACGUGCUCUAUGCCCCUGAGAUUAAGGCGGCCUCCUCCUGCUCCUCAGAAGGCCGAGCGGUGAAGUGUGUGUGCAUCGUGGAGUCCAGCCCUCGCAGCACGGUCCACUUCGUCCUGGCUGACAGAGUCCUGCAGAGCACCAAGGUGGAGACGCACGGCUCUCUCACCCUCUGGACUCUGCAGGCCGACACCGGCUCCUCCAAGUUCGUGCACUGCUUGGCGAGCAACUCUCAGGGAAACACCAACCUCACGCUCUCGUUACCUGCUAACAGUAAGAUGCAGACCAUCUUUGUCGCCACUGGAGCUGCUGUGAUCCUUUUGGUGAUACUUUUAGUCGCAGUGGGAGUAGUUAAGAUAUGCAGAGGGACGCGGAGAGAAACGCCUUCUGACAUGAGCAUGCUGGGUGCAGAAAAAGCCGUGGCCCUCCCUGAAUAUGUCCCGACGAAAAGAAAGGAGCUCUAUGAUGAAAUACAAGGCCCAGGGAUUUAUACCAAUGAUCAUAUUUAUGGCAACGUAGAGAUCUCACGGUGCAGGUUAAAGGAAGUCUGAAGUCUCGGGUCACAUGGGCGAAGGUCAGGGUCGACAGAGUCUCCCACUGCCAUCCAAUCAGCUUCUUCUUUAGUGGUAUAUCAUGCAUGUUGUGGUCUCCUUCCCUUUGUGUUUCUGUGUUGUGGGCGGAGCUGUAACGAAUUAUUCACACCUGAGCUGAGCUGCACAGCUGUGAGUCGUCUUCGUCACCUCCUCCAUAAAGACUCCAGAUCAUUCCCAGAUUGUCUGUUUAGCCGAUGUAGUGCACAGCUUCUCUGGUUCAGACUCAAGAGAUGAACUUGUAAAUCUUGUGCUCCCAUGUCUUUGUCAGGUCCUGAGUAACUGCACCAUAUCUGUUUUGUUGUUUGCUUGUUUGAAUGAGACAAAGAAAGGUGUAAAAAAAAUCAGUGUACUCUGAUCUGUGA